UCCGGCGCUAAUUGGAGUGCAGCACUGAUGUAGAUUAUAAAAUGUAAAUACUUGGAGCUUUCUAUGCGUUUAUUUGAAGAUUGUUUAGUUGUAUUUCUAACCCGGAGGGGGGAUGAGGAGGGCUCCUCUGCAGACUGCGUCUCCUCUCAGAUAAUUUCAUCUUUUUCUUCAUGAGGAUGAAAACUCAACAUCGUCUUUCUACUUGGAACAACUUCAUCUUUCCGUGAGGGCCGAUGGGACCGCAACUGUUUCCUUAUCUUUCUCUUUUUUAAUUUAUUUUUCAGCGGAUCGCAUUCUGCCCAAUCUCUUGUUUCUUUCCUGCACAUUUUGAUUUAACUCCGAAGUGCAUCGGCCCCUAGAGAACAAAACGAGGUCCUGUUCAUAUAACUUAUUUCGUUUGGCUAUUUUUUUGUUUGUUUUCUCUGAUUUUUGUAUUUAAAGAAUGUGUUGCCGGUCUUGAUCUGGAGGAUUAUAGCAGAAUAUUGUCGGUGGCUCGCAUGUAGCGCAGAGAGAGGCUCUGUGUGUUUCUGAGGGAUUCAUCGGAGGCUUAUAUAAGAGGAGCCGUCAUGUAUGCAGGACGCAAGCGGAGAAAACCAGUCCAGAGAGCGGUGAAGCAGGCACCGACUGAAGGGGCCAAGUCCAACCCGUCCAAACGGCACCGAGACCGGUUGAACGGGGAGCUGGAGCGGUUGGCCAGCCUGCUGCCGUUCCCCGAGGAGGUCACCACCAGUCUGGACAAACUCUCCAUCCUCCGCCUGAGUGUCAGCUACCUGCGGGCCAAGAACUUCUUCUCUGUCACCCUGACCGGAGCGACUCCAGCUGCCGUGAACGAUGACGACAGCAAAACAGCAGCAGCGGCGGCGGAGGCCAAGAUUCCUGAAGGCGAACUGUUGCUGCAGGCUCUCAACGGUUUCGUCAUGGUUCUCACAGCCGGUGGGACCAUCUUCUACUCCUCUCACACCAUCCAGGACUACCUGGGCUUCCACCAGACCGACGUCAUGCACCAGAGUGUGUACGAGCUGGUCCACACGGAGGACCAGCAGGAGCUCAGGAGAAACCUGCACUGGGCUUUGAAUCCUCCUCCUGCUGCCGCGCCUGCCAUCACCCAGGACUCCCCCCAAGAGAUGGAACCUGACAGCAGCUCAGCCGUGGUCACCUACAAGCCCGAGCAGCUUCCCCCAGAGAACUCGUCCUUCCUGGAGAGGAGCUUCAUGUGUCGCUUUCGCUGCCUCCUGGACAACUCUUCGGGUUUCCUGGCUUUGAACAUCCAGGGCAGACUGAAGUUCCUGCACGGACAGAACCAGCGGCAGGAGAACGGAGGGAAGGCGCCACCUCAGCUCGCCCUUUUCGCCAUCGCGACUCCUCUGCAGCCUCCAUCCAUCCUGGAGAUCAGGACCAAGAACAUGAUCUUCAGAACCAAACACAAGCUGGACUUCACACCUUUGGCCUGCGAUGCAAAGGGGAAGAUCGUGCUGGGGUACACGGAGGCUGAACUGCGGGUACGAGGGUCUGGCUAUCAGUUCAUCCAUGCAGCGGAUAUGUUGUACUGCGCGGAGAACCAUGUCAGAAUGAUGAAGACUGGAGAGAGUGGUCUGACGGUGUUCAGGCUCCUCACCAAGGAGAAUCGCUGGAAAUGGGUCCAGGCCAACGCCAGGCUGGUGUACAAGAACGGCAAACCAGACUACAUCAUCGCCACCCAGAGGCCUCUCCUGGAUGAAGAGGGAGGAGAACACUUGCGUAAGCGCUCCAUGCAUCUACCCUUUACCUAUGCUACAGGUGAGGCCCUGCUCUACCAGUCCAACCAUCCCUUAGCAGCCUUUAGAGACGGAGGCCAUGACAAAAAUGGCAUUAAGUCAAAGAAGAGCCGGACUGAAAGGCUGGUGAGGGAUGGCUUGGACCCUGGCUCUCUUCUCGGGGCGCUCAUGAGUCAGGAUGAGUCGGUGUACGUUUGCCAGCCCGCCCAGGAGCCCAAAAUGUCGUUCCAUAGCUUCUUUGGACAGCAAAUGGGCUUCUCAGACUCUGAACCCUCCAGCCUGCACAGGAGCUGGGACGAGCCAAGCAACGGCGUGCUGGGUCCAGGCCUCACGGAGCUGGGCAACAGCUUCGACCCGCUGCUGGCUACUCUGGAUUCCCUCUCUCUGGAGGGCCAAGGGGUCGUGGAUUCGGAAGAGGGGGGUUGCUCAAACGGUGAUCUGUUUGGAGCUCUGGAAGGUCUGGGGCUGAGCGCCGAGGACCUGGAGCUGAUGCUGCUAGACGAGCGGAUGAUCAGGGUCGAGAUGGACCCUGAACGCGUGCCCACCUUGGACGACCUGCUGACAAAUGAUGAGAUCCUUUCAUACAUCUACGACUCCAUAGAGGGGAAGACGGAGCCCACAGAGCACCGAGGGCAGGUGCCUCUCAGCUCUGCCUCGAAGACAGCCACCGCAGUGUCGCUACCUGAAAGCAAUGCCUCUUCUGACGCUAACGUGCAAAUGCAGCUUCCUCACCAUAAGCCUCCCCUUGUGGGGCACGCUCCCAUUCUCCAGCUGUCCCAGCAGAUGCAGCAGCACCUCAACAUGCGGCCAGAUAAAGUGGUGCACGACAGGAACCAGCAGAGCAACCACUUGGCCAGCACCGUAGUUAACGGAGAGCUGCUGGGGCAAAAUCAAUCAAUCACCAAUGGACAAUGGAAAGCCCAAGACAUUCCAGUCGGUGCAGGGAUACAACUGGAACACUAUAAAACGCAACAGACUGUUUUCAAUGGCAAGGCCUCGGAGCUGGACGGAGAGCUUCAUCAGCAGCAAACGCAUCAAUGCUACCUUCAGCAGCAGCAGAUACCCAGGGUGCAGAACCAUCUCUCACAGCAGUGCCGUGCCGAUCAGAAGGCAGCCAACCUCAACGGACUGUGUGGCAUCUCCAGCACGGAGCAUGUGGCGGGAAAAUCCCAGUGGCAGGACUACGGAUUCAGUCAGAGUCUGGGAGGCACCUCCUGCCUAGAGAACGGCCAAAAACCCCCGACAAACCCCUCGCUAGACUCUUGCAUGGAUUACAGCAUGCCUGAUAUUGACGAUGCGGAUUACACCAUGAGCGGAGGUGGUUUGUUUGGGAGGAAUGGACAACAGAGCGGGGCCGAGUCCACAGUCUCAUCCUUCCAGGGGAUGAACCGUAAACUGCAGCCGGAGCAGAUCCCAGUUCCUUUGGCGCAGGUCAUCUCCAGCCUGUCGCAGUGCCCUCCCCCCAACGCCUCCCUGGAGCAGAUCCUAGGAGUGGCCAAGCCCUGCCGGCAGUUGGACCACUAUGGCAUGGUGGCCUCUGAGAUCCCUCAUGACCCCGGUCCCAAUAAGAUGGAGAACGGCUGCCUCCUGACCGGUACUUACCCAGGAGGCUGUGCUCUGCCCAAUAGAAACGGAGCAGCGCCCCCAGCUGUCCAGAUGCCCGUCCCCGAGACUUUGUCCAGCCUCCCCGACCCGCCGGCCACCGGCUUCUACCUCUGACCAGCUGCCCCGCAGCAGGACACACACAAUGACUGGACCAGCCUUAUACUUCUAGAUAACACGACAAACAAAGCUGAAUAAACGUAGGCCUAGAGGUUUCCAAUUUGUAAUUAUUAUUUUGUUUGUGUGUUUGUUGUAUAUCCAGUUAUAUUAUCAUACGAGUCCUUUGUUUACAAUAAUGCAGUCGAGAGAGCUCAGUUUAUUUGAAGUAAUACAGAAAAGUUUUUUUAAGAUGAUUUUCACAAAUCUGCGUUCAGAUACAACACGAAGCAGAAUUUAGAGUUAGAAGCGUAACAAUAAAAUAUGGAUAGUUCUGUUAUCCAAUAUUUAAAUCUUAACACACAUUAUUGAUCUGUUAUUUCAUGGCUUUUUGUUAUAUUUUGUACGCAGUGAAAACGUAAGAUAACACGAGGACGACGUGUCCUAGAAUAUUCAUAAAUAACGGGUUAAUAUUGUGUGUUGUUGGGUAAAUGACGGAUAUCAGUGUAUUAGUAUAAAUUGUUGAAUACCACUUUAUUAGUAGAUUAAGGGAUUAGCUGAUCAAUGGGAAAAUUGAUUAUUAUUUUUAGUAAUUUUUUCAAGCGUCUGCUGGAUCCGGAUUUGCUGACUUUCUUCGUCCUACAUGGAAUUGAAUUGGACAUAUUUGAGUUUUGGACAGUCGGUCGGACAGAACAAGACAUCUGAAGAAGUCUUUGUCGGCAUAUUUUGCAGUCCUGAGAUAUGAACAGUCAAAGAGAAGCAAACGAACUGAGGCGGAGACAGGUGGUCGUCCAUCUCCACGUCAUGAAUGUACUGAGGAGGAACAUUACUGACAAAUAUCUGACAAAGCAUCAAAUGCAGUUUUAUGUUGUGACUUUGUGUUUCCCAUCAGAAUUUUCCUGUUUUCAAUCAUUUGGUUUUAGGGUCAUUUGGUUCACUUUGUACCUGAACGCACCAUAAAACACACACACACACACACACGACUCCCAACGUGACUGCAGGUUUUUUGGUUUCCGGCAGUUGGCAGCAUCGCGCACAGGUUUUUCCGUCAUGUCACAAGAAUGUAAUCUUUCAUUUCUUUCUUUGUUGAACUCGUCAACGAGAUUAAUCCAUAAAUGUUUUAGUUUUUUUUAAGUAUAGAAUAUGGAAAUUAUGGCUAGAAAUAUCCUGCACUUUAUUUCAAGCAGCCGCUUAAUGCAGACGUGUGGUCCGGGAUACUGUGGUGAUGAGAAACAUCCGCUUUAUCUCUGAAGCUACCGAUGCAACAUGGACCCGUUUGCAUUUUACUUUAUUCUUAUUUUGAGGCACAUUUCAGGUGACGGGUUAAUGUCCUCACAAGCACAAACACUUCCGUACAAUUGUUAGUGUCAUCAUUUUUAUCUUCCUCCACUUGAAGUAUUGUUAUUAUUUUGUCGUUGAUGAUGUUGGACCUCUGGAUGAGUUUUCUUUCUUUUCUUUUGGUUAAAAGUUGAACCGACUUGAAUAGAAGAAGUCCUUUGUUCCUGUAUUUAUUCCUGCAGCAAGGAAGCAUUCUUGAUUGUUCUAAAGUUGAUGUUUGAGACAUUCUCUUGUACAGAAAUAAGAAAAGACGUCGUGCUCCGUCACCCCUCUUAGCUAAGCGGCGGUUGCACUUGCUCUCCUCGAGGGAAUCGGUGAAUCCAGACACAAGUCCAUCGCAGCAACAAUCCCAGAUAAUUAAAGGAAAAGUCUGACGUCUUUGAGGACGUGAGGAAGCGAAGGCCGAUAUGAACUCGCAGAGAUGAACUCAUAUCGAUCUUCUCAUCCGACGUUUUCUUUUAAACGGUAGAAAGCGUGGUGAUAUAUACUGUAUAUCAGGUGUGUGACUUCAGGUCUACGCAGCAGCGACAGAAUGGCAAACACUGAAACAAAACCAAAUGUGAGUUUUAAAAGAAGAAGAAGAAGAAGAAGAAGAGAUCUCUACUGGAUGGACACAGAUCUGAAUGUUUCUUGUAUUUAGCAAAGCGACUGGAAAGUGAUGCGGAGUAGAAUCAUUUCAUGGCGAAGAGAUGCUGAAAAGAGAUUUCCAUUUUAAUUGUUCAAAUAAUGUCAUUACUAUUGGUAUUAAUAUUAUUGUUCUAUGUUUUAUGUUGAAAUGUGAUACACGCGUGGUUACAUGUCAUUCGAGUUGACUCGUUUCUUUCCCUUUCUUUUUGCUACGGGCGGAAACGUUUGCUCUAUUUAAUAUGAUUGAUGUGACUUAUUAACAAUGUGAAAAAAAGACAACAAGCAAACAAGCUUCGACAAAUACAGCUAUGUACAUAGUUCUACGUCAAGUCACCCGUUUUGAGCACUAUUUUUAAAAACACAUGCUUAUCAAUCUCCUUUGUUGAUUUCUUUUAUUUGUCUUUGUUUUUUAAAGUGUAAAUAGUACUCUCAUCAUGAAACACUGGACUCUAUGACAGCCUGAAGAUGGUGCCAUACUGCUGAGACUUGUUCAAUAGAUGUUGGAGAGUUUCAUUCUGUCUCUUGGUUUAGCCACGCUAACGUUAACAUGUUAACAGGACUAGGUGCAGCUGUGACUCGUGUCCUUUGACUGCUUGUUUCAAAUCUAUUCUUUUUCUUCCUUUUUGAAAUAAAAAGGAGUUCUUCGAUCACAAAAGUGAAAAAAAAACACAAACAUCUCUGAGAGAGAGCUCCGGUUUUUUAUUCACUCUGGGCAGUGAACAGCUA